UAAAAAAAGGAACCCGAAGCUGGAAGCAAUGAUAAACGAGCGCAGCAAAACAUACAAGAAAAGAAAAGGAUCGCAGCAAGAACUCAUUGGAAACCCAAAGAACCGUUUUUUAUUAUCAUUUUAAUGUAUAUUUUUUGCAUAUAAAUACAUAAUCAUUGCAAUUUCAGUUAUUUCUAAAUACAUCUGCCUAAGGUUUUUUCUUACCUGAUAUAGGAAAUCAAAUGGGAGUGAAGGUGCAGCACUGAUGUCACUGUUCUGGAUUGCAAUUCGUCAACUAGCUGAAAUCGAAGAACAAAUGGCUACGUCGAAGAAAGUGAUUACAAGGGAAGAGUGGGAAAAGAGAUUGAAUGAUAUUAAAAUCAGGAAAGAAGACAUGAAUAAAUUGGUGAUGAAUUUUCUUGUUACUGAGGGUUAUGUUGAAGCAGCCGAAAAAUUCCGGAUUGAAUCUGGAGCUGAGCCAGAUAUUGAUCUUGCAACAAUCACGGAUCGCAUGGCUGUUAAAAGGGCUGUACAAUGUGGAAAUGUUGAGGAUGCUAUUGAGAAAGUUAAUGAUUUAAAUCCUGAGAUACUGGAUACAAAUCCCCAACUCUUUUUCCAUCUCCAACAGCAGAGAUUGAUAGAAUUGAUUCGGAAUGGAAAAGUAGAAGAAGCCCUGGAAUUUGCUCAGGAGGAGCUUGCACCUAGGGGAGAAGAAAAUCAAAGCUUUUUAGAAGAGUUGGAGAGGACUGUUUCACUUCUGGCUUUUGAAGACGUUUCAAACUGCCCAGUAGGAGAGCUUCUGGACAUAUCACAGCGUCUUAAGACAGCAAAUGAGGUGAAUGCAGCCAUUCUUACUAGCCAGAGUCAUGAAAAAGACCCAAAGCUUCCAAGCUUGCUAAAGAUGCUGAUAUGGGCUCAAAAUCAACUGGAUGAGAAAGCAGCAUAUCCUCGCAUAAAUGAUCUAUCAAAUGCCACACUUGAAGAUCCUGCUGUUUGAAAGGUUUGCAAGUCAUUGUGGACGAAUCAAGUUGCUUUGGAUUAACCAGAGGUAGAGCUGAAUGGAAUGAAGUGAUUAUGCUUGUAACCUCUACACAGGGACUGUAGCUUGAAAUUUGUUGGAUGUCAUUUGUUAAGAUGUGGUUAGAAGAAUUUAGUUGCCUUUGGUUGGUGUUUACUUUGUUCUUAGGUUAAGUCAGUGCCCUUGUACAAUUGACAAUCAUGCGUUUAUCCUUGGAAUGGGAUUUCCAACAACAAAAUA